AUAUUUGAAACACGCCCAGAACCCGCUCCUCGCCUCCCCUUCCCGUUAGUUAGAAUAGACCCCUAGAAACUUCUCAUCUCAAAAACAAAAAAAAGAGCAGAUUUAGAUAGAAACCCAUAGCCACCCUGAAGCCCGAACCGGAGGAAUCUACCCAGACCUAGGGGUCAGGUAGGGCCGUACCUUAGGAAGUAGCCGUUGCGAGGUUCGAAUCGACUGGAAUCGGGGGGAAGAGCAGAGCAAAUCGUGAGAAAUUUUGCAGAUCUGCGGAAGGGUAGGGAUUGGCGUGCAGGACUCGGAGCGGGAGUAAUCUGAGGUAUCCUUAGAGCCUUAGGGGGGCAAGUACAAGAAAUACUAAUUAGAGACGAGCAAAAGUAGAGAUGGCUGAAGUGAGGAUUGCCAGCAGGACGGCUGUAGCCGAUCGCUCUGGCGGUGGAUUCUUCGUCAGGAGGGUGGCGUCUCCCGGAGCCGUGGUGGACAAGGGCGCCGUCAAGCCACUUACUCGUCGAGUCCCGUCACCGUCCAGCAACAAGGAGAACGUGCCACCAGCGUGCUCUGCGUGGACUGCACCCAAGAGGAGGAGCUCCCUGCCUGAGUGGUGCCCAAGGACCCCACUCCGUGAUAUCACAUCAGUCAUCAAGGCUGUUGAGAGGAAAAGUCGGCUGCGAGAUGCUGCGGCUCGGCAGCAGCUCCAGUGGGAUGAAGAAGACUCCUCGGAGCCUGAGGAUCCAGCACAAACAGAUGAGGGUAUUCAUGGAAGCACAGCACCAACAAAUGAAACCCUGGGUGUUGGCUCGGCUAAAGUUGUUGAAACCACCGCAGCAUCAGCAACCUGCUUGGGCGAGGGCGAGAGCACCACGAUGGUGAAGGCAUCUGAUGACUGCUCCUUGCAGUCUCCAUCCAGACCAAGUGGAGAAAACGACGUGGAGAAGCAACUAGCCAACUCCAUACAAGAGAUUGAGAAGAUGGUGAGCCGGAACCUGAAGCGAGCUGAUCCCAAGGCUGCUCGGCCUUCCAAGACCCCGGCUGUCCAGAGGCGCACCCUGAUGUCUAUGCGCUGAGCAUCACAUGUCUGCUACUUUCUUAGCGGCUAGUCCUAACUAACCAUGGUGCUCGGUUCUCUGCUUGAGGAGUUGGGUGGUGUUGUGUUCAUGGUGGUUCUUUGCUUGAGGAUUUGGGUGGUGUGUUGUGCUCAUGGUUCUCUGCUUGAGGACUUGGGGUAUGGGCGGUGGUAGCUAGCUCUCUGCUUGAGGGCACAUGUAGGAUUACAUCACCAGACUUGAUUGUGUUACUGUGUAUGUACUUAUAUAGCAUGUCUGCGUUUUGUCA